AUGCAACCGGAACAAGAUACAACUCAGACUCACGCUGAGCGUCAGGAAGAGGUUGCGCUUCUCACAUCUAACGCCGUUCCUUUCUUUCUCCCAAUUCCACAAGGACAUGAUACUUUGGAAAGCACCGCAGUAAAACUGCGCAGCCUAGCAAAUGCUAUUGAAAGUGGUGGAAGAUUAUCAAUGAUGAGUGGCACAGCCUCGACGCCACACAGACAUGACACUGAAGCCUUCGCGAAAGAACGCAUGACAGCAGUUGAAUUGGACCAGUAUGAAGGAUGGAAGCAUCAAAGACUCAUAAUACCAUCCAUCAACUGGGAUACAGAACGCUUGGCCGUGCCACCAGGUGGUGAGCAUACCUUUACCCAACGAGCCGCGGCUAUGGAUAUUAUUUGGAACCAUCAAGGUGCCAGUCCUGAGAAUGCAUCCUGGUUAACCCAUAAUAUACCUCACAUCAUGCCAUUGAUCAAAGCUGUUACGAAGGUUUUGAGUGCCCAGCAACAUUUGGAGGUUCAUGACCCUCUCUCAAAAUUGAGUGAUAAUGAGAUUGUGGAGACUCAAUCGCUUCGACUGAUUACUGCGGUGGCUGAUGAGAACCUGGCGCGAGAAAGAGAUCGUCUGCGGCAGUUGGCCCAAUCGAUCAAUGAGUCCAAAGCAAUAUUGAUGGAACGAGCUAAGAGUUUCGGGUCAUGA